AUGGAGCAGCUUUUUCGUUUGGUUCUUAUCCUUUACGAGUUGGGAUUCAUAGAUGUCGGAGGAGAAAUCGAAUUUCCUUCGGUAUUCAUAGCCAUUUGCUUUGCAUGUGUGUUUUUCAAAACAACUAGCGCCACCGUAUACCCAUCAUUGCUGAUCGAACGUUUCUUUGCUUCGCAUUACAUCGAUGAUUAUGAGGCAAAAUCACGAGUAUGGGUGGCGAUAAUAGCAGUUUCGUCAGCAUGUAUUCUCUCAUUGUGCUACACCAUUCCACUAAUCUACGGAAUUGCGGGUUUGGACAAAGUGGCACUGCUUUGUAUUGGAGUGUGUUUUGUGUUCUCGUUAGUGUUCGUGUCAUUGUACCGUCGCGAUAGUAUGCGAUUCAACGAUUUCGUCAUGAAAAAGCUUAUUCGUUAUGAGCUUAGUAGAAGAUUUCAACUUGUUGAAAAUUUGCGAGUACUCAAGUUAAUAAGAAAUGCAUCACUAAUUUUUACUAUUUGGACACUAAUUCCUGGUGCUAUGGUAGUGCUAGUAUAUCAUUAUUAUCAGCCGGAUAGUCUCUCAGGUCAAAUCGUCUACGCUUUAUUUGAACUGAACAUUUCACUGUUUGUCGCAUCGUUAUUUAUAAUUUCUAUUGUGACGCUUAAGGCGCGCUUAAAAGUGACUCCGGUAUCGAACUGUGGCAGAAUUAUUAUCCUAAACAAAGGCAACUGUGAAAAUCAAGCGUUACGUCAAGUUGUCACAGAUAAAUAUUUCCAACAGCUGAGCUCAGCGUGGGCAUGA